GGUGUGAUAUUCUUCACUGUACGCGCGGAAGGGCUGCCCGUUGUAUCCGCAGCCUGGCUUCAAAUUCGACGCGCCAUCGAAAUGACACGGAUUGCGUGGAUCCUGACACUGGUCGGCCUUAUUACCGGCGGCACCGCCUUCAUUCAGGAUUAUCCUCUGAAUUUAGGAUGGCUGUUCGGCGCGAACGGCCUGUCGGACUUGGGCAAACAAUCGACAGAGCGGUCACUUUGUGAAACAUCGGAAUGCGUUGCGCUCGCAAAGAUGAUGACCGAGAGCAUGAACCCGGACGUGGAUCCGUGUGAAAACUUUUACGACUACGCGUGUGGGAAUUGGGCAAAACAGAAUCCCCUCCCUAAAGACGAAAAAGUUUGGAGCCCGUUGUCAAAGGCGACUGCUGUUGUGGAAAAGCGACUCCAAGAUAUGUUGCAUGCAAACACGAAGCCCGGCGACUUCCUGGGCCUGAAAUUGGCUAGAAAAGCAUACAACGCUUGCACGAACACGGACGAGCUGGAAAGAAUAGGACUCGAUUCACUUAUCGCUACGAUAUGGCGGAUCGGAGGGUGGCCGAUGUUAAUGGAGGACGACGAGUGGGACGAGGAAUUGUAUACUUGGCAAUACGUGGACGAUUAUUACGCUGGUUUAAUAGGUGAAAACAUUUUGCACGAGAUGACCGUCACCGUGCCGUGGGAUUGGGAGUCGAAGGAAUUUGUUUUACGGAUUCAAGACCCGGAUCUGCCAAGUAGAAUGUACAGUCUCGUAAAUUUAAAUGACUUCCCCCGUUCAGACAGCGAGGACGACGAAGGUCGCAACGGCAGCCAAGAGCGCGGCAGCGAGGAGAGGGACGACGAGGACGACGGUCGCGAAGAGGACCGCGAAAAGGACGACGACGACGAGGAUACGCGGAAGAAGAGGAUAAUCAAGAGCGUUAAGAAACGUUUGAGACACGACCUGAGCAGGUACGGCGGUGGAAAACUGAGCGACGAGAAGCAACGAGUCGGACAGGGAAGAACGAAAAGAGCGGCGAUUCGAUCGAAAGUUCACUAUAAGGCGCAGCAUGAACGAAGCAGACAGGAGAACCGAAGAGUUCUUAAUAACAAGAAGAUGUCGCGCCAUAGAAAAAUAUCCGCGGAUCACCGCGUCCAAGAAGAUUCGAGGCACAUAUAUAUUGACGACAGCGCCGAAGAUGAAGAAACCGAUGACGACUAUGAUUAUUAUGAGGAUGAUGAUAUGUAUAGCGGCAGCGGCAGCGGUGACGGUGAUGAGGACGACGAAGAUGGCGGCAGUGGCAGCGGCGACGGGCCCUACGACGACGAUGAAACGGAAAGUGCGGAGAAAGACUGGGAAGAGGAGAGGGCUAAAAUGUUGAAGGCGAGGGAGGAAUUUAAAGAGUACGUGUUGAACGUCACCAUGGCGCUUGCCGAAGCCAUGGAUGUCCAGAUACCAAAGGAGAGGAUGGAGAAAGACAUUAACGAUUUGCUGAAGUUUCAGCUGGGCGUCCUAAAGCUCUCCUACGUGGCCAGUGGCAAGAAGAUCAGCUCGUUUGGAAAACUCCAAAAGUGGUAUGAUAAUCUGAAACCAUCCACGAAGAACGGUAAAAUAGAUUGGAUCACGAAAUUGAAAAACGUAGGUACGAUGGCGGGUUUGAAAAUGGAUGGCAACACGGUGGUCAUGAUUCCAUCCUUCAUUUAUUUCGCAGGACUUCACAAGCUGCUUAAUAAUACACCGAGCAGAACGAUUGUGAAUUACGCUCAUUGGAACUUUAUAUCGAGAACGAUAAAGGCCACUACUGAUCAGAUGGCAGAUUUGUAUUACAAAUGGAACAUAAAUAACCAAAGACCCGAGAAAAGAUCAGACGAAUGCAUGGAAGACUUAUCUACGAAGUAUUUCUUGGGAUAUGAAUACAUAAAACGAUAUUUCUCCGAUGACUGGAAGAAAACGGCUAUGGAUAUGAUCGACGACAUUCAAAAGGAAGUCGAGUAUCGCGUGAAAGCGUCGACCUGGAUGGACGAUAAGACCAAGGAAUACAUAUUGGCCAAAUUGGUGUUCAUGGAGAAGCUAAUCGGUUAUCCGCCUCUCUACCAAAACCACACACUUAUGACGGAUUAUUACAAAGGAGUGACCAUGAGCCACUCUCAUUUCGAGAAUAUAAUGAGUAUAAUGAGGCAUGGUAAACGGCUAGAACUGAAACACGUCAACAAGUCGCCAGAGAAUAUGUACGAAUCUUACAUAGAUCCUUUGGUUGUGAACGCCUUUUACAUGCCCAGUGAAAAUGCUAUCGAAAUAACAGCGGCAGAUUUCCAGAGCCCGUUCUACAAUCCCAAACAGCCAUGGUACACGAACUUCGGCAUCAUAGGAUUCAUAAUGGCUCACGAAGUGAAUCACGGAUUCGACACUAUGGGUCGCAUGUUCGAUAGGCACGGCACGUACGCGUCGUGGUUGUCUGCUGCGGCGGACAGCGCGUACGAGAAACGAGCCGACUGUUUCAGAGAGCAGUUCACCAGAUACAGCAUGAAGGAAAACAUGACCGCAAACAUUCAAAUAAAGAAUUACGGGGAACAUACAUCAGGCGAAAAUAUCGCGGAUUCAAUGGGCUUGCAAGCCGUGUUCGCAGCUUAUCAACGACGACAAAGGAACUGCGAAGUCCCCGACCCCAUGUUACCGGGUUUCGAGAAUUUCACUAACGAUCAAUUGUUCUUCCUGUCCACUGCGAACGUAUGGUGUACAGUCUACGAUCCAGACAAGAUUGCGACGCGAUUGAAGUAUGAUCCGCACAGUCUAGCCCCGUUAAGGGUGAUCGGAUCCCUAUCCAACUCCGAAGAUUUUGCGGAAGCUUAUCGCUGCCCGAAAGGAAGCCCCAUGAAUCCUGAGAAGAAAUGCAACCUAGCGUCCAUUGGCGCUGUCGCAAUCGCCACCCCAUCUUUCCGGGAUUACCCUUUCGGCUUGGAGAGUUUGUUCGCCUCGAAACGCGAAGUGAUCGCCGCGAAGGAGACAAAAGAAAGAUCGGUAUGCGACUCCGACGAGUGCAAGCUGAUCGCCAAGACAAUCAAGGAUGGCAUGGACGAGUCCGUUGAUCCUUGCGAGGAUUUUUACCAAUUCGCAUGUGGGAAGUGGGACGACAAGGUUCCCGAGCCUGGCUCCGAGUCAGUCCCGAGUUUGUGGGAUAUGAUAAUGAAGAAGAUUGAAAAACAAGUUGCAGGCCUCAUGAAAUCUCCGAUCGAGCCCGACGACAUGUUCGCCGUGAAACUGGCAAAGAAAUGGUACAAGAGCUGUAUAAAUCGAGAGGAGAAAACGUUAGAGCCCAUCGUUGCUACAUUGUGGAGACACGGCGGCUGGCCGUUGAUAAUGGAGCCUGGGGAAUGGAACGAUCGCAUAUACAACUGGCAGAUAGUUGACGACCAAUUUGCACGUUUGACGGGAACGAAUGUCUUCUUCGAUAUGAUCAUCACUCCGUUGUCGAUGGAUGGCGACGAAACCAUAGUGUUGGACACGCCGCACAUGAUGCCCGGAAUUUACCGGCUGCUCCCGGAGCCUUACCACGGCACGGACACCAGCAACGAGAACAACGAGAGCGGCGAGGGUAGCCAGGAGAAAGGUAGCAAGGAGAGAGGCGGCCCUAAGAACGGCGGUGCCGAGGAGGACGACGANAUUUUUCAGUUGGACACGCCGCACAUGAUGCCCGGAAUUUACCGGCUGCUCCCGGAGCCUUACCACGGCACGGACACCAGCAACGAGAACAACGAGAGCGGCGAGGGUAGCCAGGAGAAAGGUAGCAAGGAGAGAGGCGGCCCUAAGAACGGCGGUGCCGAGGAGGACGACGAGGAGGACGAAGGGAUCGAGGAGGACGCCGAACCGGAAGACGAGGCGGAGGAGGACGCGCGACUGAGAAGUAAAGUGUCCCGAAGAAGGAGCCAUGACAGGAAACUGAACCAUGGAAGGUCGAGGGCCAAACACAGCCUCGGCAGGAGACGUCGCGAGAGGAGCCUUGGAAGGAGGCCGACCAUGGUCGAGGAGAUCGUUUUGCGCAGGCGACGAAGCUUGAGCAAACGGAACCCUAAGCACGGGGUGCAGCGGAAGUCGCGGAAAACUGGCAGGAAAUCGCCGGCGCACAGACACUUUCCCAUGAGUCACCUGAAGAAGUCCAACGCCGGGAAGAGUGAUGCGAAACGGUCCGGGAAGGGCGACGCCGCGAGCGUGAAGAAGGCGCGCAACCAGAAGCAUGCUGCACACAGGAACAACAGGGGGAACGACGAAGAGAGGAACCGAGUGCGAAGGAGGAGCAACAGCCGUCAGCACGGACAUGAAAUGGACGAGGUGCACGGCAAGAGAAGAAUUCAGCACAGAGUCCACCACGUCGCGAGGAAGAUUGCCGAAGAGAAGGCCGACGAGCCCCCGAAGAACGACGAGACCCCGAAGAGCGACGAGGCCCCGAAGAGCGACGACGAGAAGAAGGAAGACAGCAGCGAGAACAAAGUCGAUACCGGCGACGAGGGGAAGAACGGCGACGAUGCCGGCGAUGCAGAAGAUGGUGGCGAGGAUGGCAAGGACGACGAGGAAGAGAAUGGCGGAGCCGGCGAAGAGGAAGAGGAAGAGUCCGACGAGGAGGACGUGGCGGAGCUUACGGAGGCGUUGCAGAAGUAUAUAGUAUCCGUGGCGGACACACUUUCGAAGGUCAGAGGCAUAGAGGUGUCGCGCAAGAAGAUAGAGAAAGGCGCCGAAGACCUUGUCAAGUUCAUGAUUAAAUUGGGAGAGAUCUCGCUGAUAGACUACGAUAUGCAGAACAUGACGCUCAGCGAAUUCCAGGAAUGGUACGACGGUUUGGGACCUCAAAAGCAGAACAGCAAGGUCAAUUGGAAGAGGAAGGUGCAGAAGCUGUUCACCGAGGCUGGAGUGGAGCUCGACGACGACGUAGAGAUCACGCUAUCGCAGACCGAGUAUUUCGAGAACGUCCGCGAGCUGCUCAAUGAAACGCCCCCCGAAGUGAUCGUUAAUUACAUUCACUGGUUCUUCCUCAGCACAGUGGCAACUGCCAUAUCCGAAGAUCUUCAAGAAUUAGCCAAGGAUUGGGAGCCCAUGCCGUCUAGCUCAAGGGAGGAAGAAUGCACGCAAGUGGAGCUGUCCGAUGUGAUCGGGUACGAGUACACGAAAAAGCAUUUCCCGCAACAGCUGGAGAGAAUGGCCAGGGACAUGAUCGACGACAUACAGAAAGAAGUCGAAUAUCAAAUCAAGGAGUCGACGUGGUUGGACGACGACACGAAGCAUUUCAUUCUGAGUAAAUUGGUGCAUUUGCAGCACAUAAUUGGCGCGCCCGAUUGGUAUCAAAACAAGACGAUGGUCCAACGCUACUUCCAAGGGCUCACGAUCGGCCUGUCUUACUACGAGAAUGUGCUGAACUACAUGAGAUAUCUCGAAUGGAGGAAACUUCGAAGACUAGUAAACCCGGACGAGUUGCCACCAUUAUCCAUGGAUCCAUUGAUGGUGAAUGCGUUCUUUAUGCCAACGGAAAAUGUUAUAGCGAUCAGCGCGGCCGAUCUCCAAAACCCCUUCUUCGCCACGAACAGGCCAUGGAACUCAAAUUUCGGUAUUAUCGGAAGCGUAAUAGCCCACGAGGUGAACCACGGCUUCGACGAUUCCGGCCAUUUGUACAACCGCAAAGGCGAGCCGACGGAAUGGCUGUCCGCAAUGGCGACGGCCUACGACAAAAGAGCAGAAUGUUUCGUUCGUCAGUUCAACAGUUACCAGAUCAUCAAAGGGAAUGAUUUCAAAAUUAAGGAUUUCGGUAAUCAAACCGCUGGCGAAAAUAUCGCCGACACGAUGGGCCUGGAGGCUGUUUGGAGGGCUUAUCACCGAAGAUUAAGACAAUGCAACAAGCCGGAUCCAGCGUUGCCGGGAUUAGAGAAGUUUGACAACAACCAAACGUUCUUCUUGAGUUUCGCCAACUUGUGGUGCGAAUAUCAGAACCCGGAAGAUCUGAAGAGGAGCACCAAGUACGACGUGCACAGUCCUGGACGUCUCCGAGUGAUCGGCUCGGUAUCGAAUAUGAACGGCUUCGCCGAAUCCUUCAACUGCCCGGCAGGUAGUCCAAUGAAUCCCAAAGAGAAAUGCAACAUAUGGUUGUAGUUUAUGAAUCAUUUCGAAACCAGCAUUUUG